AUGUUGGACAAGGAAUUAUUACAUAAGACGUGGCUACAGGCAUGUACCGUUCGCCGCGCAGUCGGUCUCUGCGACAGUGGGUCGGACGAACGGCAGCGCGCGGAAACCACGCCACGGUCAAGGCCGCCGUCUAGACGCACCCCUCGCACCCCGCACUCCCCAACCUGCCCACCCCACCCUAUCCGUAUCUCCCCUCUAUUUAUUUUUACCUCGACACCCGUCGCCGAAUUCGCCUGGGUCUCGCUUUUUUAG